AUGUAUGUUGGGCUUCCUGGCUUUCGAGACGCAUAUUUUGGAGGCGUGGUCGGGCUUGAGGCUGCGUCCAAGCAGUUCUUCGAUCAGUGCCUCAACGGGAACUAUUCUGCCUUCCACGGCGGCUGGGAGGGUUGGCCCCAGGAUACAAACGAGAAAAGCGUGCUAGAGUGGCUUGCUGGCUUCGUCAAGAAGCUGGCGCUGUUUGCAAACACCCAGCAGUCAAACACGACACAUCAACGAAGCCUCUUAGCACACCCAAACACACCGAUGCAGGGUUCCACAGCAGAUCGCAAACUAGAUGUCGGGUUCGUCGAGAACCACGAGGCUGGCCAAGGGUCUCGACACCACUGGAAGCAAAUCCUGGUACCUGGAGAACUCAAGAGUAACCCAUCUGCCGACACAGCCUCCAAGGCCUGGCUUGACCUUGGAAGGUAUGCGAGGGAAGUGCUCGCCGCACAGGACACCCGACGCUUUGUCCUGGGCUUCACGCUCUGUGGACCUCUCAUGAGGGUAUGGACCUUUGACCGGCUUGGAGCCAUCGCGUCAGAGCAGUUUAACAUCAACAAAGACGGACUACAGUUCGUGUUCAUCGUACUUGGAUUUCUUUGGAUGGAUGAAGAAGGCCUAGGGUUUGAUCCAACGAUUAAGGUAUUGGAUAACAACCGCUUCGUCAACAUCAAGCGGAAUGGUUCCACAGAGCGAAUUGUUAUUGAUGGGGUGAUUCUACGGGCACGCUGUGUGGCUGGCCGGGCUGCGACUUGUUGGAAGGCCCACCCUGAGGAACACCCAGACACGCAGCUUGUCAUCAAGGACUCAUGGCAGUAUCCUGAACGUGACGAAGAGGGCGGCCUCCUACGGGAAGUAACGGACAAGCAUGUUGUGAAUGUGGCCCGGUAUUAUUACCAUGAAACGGUCCAGGUUCACGAGAUAGACGAUGACAUCUGCAACAAUGUUCGUCACGGCCUAAAUGUCAUAGCAGCAAGCAACUACCGGCCAGGACGACAGAUGCCACCAAGCAACAUGGCCAAAGAUACCACGCGGAAUGGCCGCAGCAACACCAGCAGAAAGCGUCCAUCCAGCCAAACUGAUUCCACCCUUCCCCCAAGCAAGCGAUCCUGCUCCGCGUCUCCUACCAAGGCUGUAAGUAUACCUCCCAAUCGGGUUCAUCGGCGGAUUAUUCUUCAGGACUACGGCAAGCCUAUAUACAAGGCAAGCUCUCGAUCAGCACUACUUGCUGCCCUCGUAGGCUGUAUUGACGGCCACGAGUCUUUGUACAAGGCAGGCAUCCUCCACAGGGAUAUAUCUAUCAACAACCUCAUGAUCAAUGAGGACAGCGGCAACCCAUCCUGGCCAGCGUUUUUGAUUGACCUUGACCUGGCCAUUCGAGAGCCACGAGAGAGUGCCUCAGGUGCCAAGGGAAAGACCGGCACGAGGGCCUUUAUGGCAAUCGGGGCACUAAUA